AUCCGGUGCUUCGUCUCCACUCCCAGGCGGACUUCGAGAGAGCAGCACCCAGCCUGAGGACUGAGGACCGGGGGCAGGAGGCGACGAGCAGGGCUUCUUCUCACCGCGGUCGACCCCGCUAUGCUCGACCACCAGCAGCACCGCGACGUUUAGAAUCCUUUCCCCCACUGUUUUGUUUUCUUUAUCCCCCGCGUCGUCCCGAGGAUGAGCGCCUCCGCUUCGGCCACCGGCUCGGCUUCUUGCCGCUUCGCCCACUAUUUUGUCGUGUGUGGACUGGACGCGGACACGGGCCUGGAGCCGGACGAUGGAGCAGGCCAGAGCUUCGAGCAGAGCCCGAUUCACCGCUCCUUCAAGUCCAGAGUUCUGGUGCACUACCCUGAAAGCACGGACAGAAACCCCUUCAAUAAAGAUGCAGUCAACAUGCUCUGCAUGCCGAGAGGUCUCUCCUUCCGCACUCAGGCAGACCGGCGGGACUCCCACUUCCACUCUUUCACCAUCGGCUCCGCCGACGGCUCCCGCUCCUACGGCUUUGUCCACACCUUCUACGAGGAGGUGACCAGCGCACAGGUGGUCACGGCCAUGCAGACUCUGCACCAGAUGUACCACGUGGAACACCACCAAUCCUCCUCCUCCUCCUCCUCCUCCACCACGGCCUCCUCCGCCUCCUCGCCCUCCACCUCCAGCAUGGACUCCCUGGUGAGCAGCCUGGACGAGUCGGACGUGGACUCCCUGGCUGGGAACGCCGGCGCCGCCUCCGCCUGUUUGGGCUGCGCCAACUCCUUCGAGCCUUCUCACGACACCCUGUACGUGUCCAAAGCCCUCUGCCUGCUCACGCCGCUUCCUUUCCUUCAAGCUUCUCGCCAGUUCCUCGCUCAGCUGCACCAGGCCGUCGCCUCCCAAACGGCGCCGCCUCCGCUGGAGAGCUACAUCCACAACAUCCUCUUCGAGGUGCCCCUGCCGCCGCCCGGACGCUCGCUGAGGUUCCACGGCGUGCAGGGACCCAUAUUGUGUCAGCGGCCCGGCCCGGGUGAGCUGCCACGGGAGUAUCCUCUCGGAGAAGCCUUUUCCCUGCUGGGGGUGGACAACAUGGUGCGCCUUCUCACCUGUUCGCUGCUGGAGACGCAGAUACUGCUCUACUCGCAAGACUACCAGCGCUUGAUGACGGUGGCAGAGGGCAUCACCACUCUGCUCUUCCCGUUCCAGUGGCAGCACAUCUACCUGCCCAUCACCUCCGCACCUCUGCACCACCUCCUGGACGCACCCGUCCCCUUCCUGAUGGGCAUUCAGCGCAGGGAAGGCGCUCAGCGGUCCUCCCUGCACCUACCACAAGAGGCCAACCUUUGCUUCGUGGACAUCGACAACCGCUGCGUGGACGCCCCCGAGGGUCUCCCCGGCUUUCCGGACCAGACCGAGCUCGUGAAAGACCUGAGCGAGAUCCUGCGGCGUUUCGGGCUCCAAAAAGCCUCCAGCGCCUCUCCUCCUCUGAGCAGCCUGGAGGACCUGAUGGAGGACCGGCGCAACGGCAACCUGGCGGGCGACGAGCUGGAGGUCCUGGAGAGGCUGCAAGCUCUGGCGUGGCGGUGCGGCGCGGACAAGACGGCGGGCGGCGGCAAGACGCUGGGGCGCGUGUGGGAGGAGGAGGAGGAAACCCUGAGCACGGCAAAGAUGAACAUUCAGCUGAGGGAGGUGCUGGCCGGGCGCUUCGCCGCCAUCUUCGGUCGCUACGAGGAGUUUGUCAUCCACGGAGCGUUUGAUCUGGAUUCCUGGCUGAGCAACCGGGAGGGAACGUUCAGCUUCGACAAGGGUUCCUUCCUCUCAGCUCAGCCCACCGCCCACUUGCGCUUCCUGUCCCGCUUCCUGGAGACGUCCAUGUUUUCGUCCUUUGUGGACAGCAAGGUGAUGUCUCGCUGGGCCGACCGGGAUCCGCUGCAGCAGCUCUUUGACAGCCGCCUGGAGACGGGGCGGCUGUGCGACGCGGACCACCAGGCGGACGGCGGCAACACCCGCUGCAGUGCCGGCCCCACCCUCUUUGAGUCAGCUCAGGCCAUUGAGCGCCGCCUGUUGAAGGCCGACCACACGGCCAUACACCCCCACCUGCUGGACAUGAGGAUCGGCCAGGGUCUCCACCAGCCCGGCUACUUCCCCAAGCUGCAGGCUGACGUGCUGGUGCAGGCGCAGAGCACCAACAAGCGGUCCAGUCGUGUCACAGCAUCGCGCAGAAGCGACACCAGGAGGACGCCAACCGCAGCAGAAGACGGCGAGCAAAGACAGAAGCACUCGCUGGCAAAGAAGUACCUCAACCAGCUCAAGUUUAUGGACCUGUCGCCUCAAGAGGUUGCUCGGACUCACAGAGAGUUUGUUCAGGGCUUGCUGAGCGAGUGUCGACUGAAGACCAAACGUAUGUUGAUGGAGAGAAUGGGGAAGGAGAGCGUGGAAGUGGGCGAAGUCAACAUCACUGGCCUGCAGGAGAGCACCCUGAUCCACGGCCUGUGUGACCUCCUGGAGAGAACCUGGGGCCACGGUCUGCAGAUGAAACAGGGGAAGUCGGCUCUCUGGUCCCACCUGCUUCAUUACCAGGCGACCCUGCCGAAGACCGACAUGCCAGCAGAGUCUCCAGGGUCCGAGCAGAGAACAUUUGAUGAUGCCACGCUCCUCCUGCGGGGAUCUUUGGUGCAAGAUAUGAGGUUCAUCCAAACUAUGAGCGAGGGUCUUUCUGAGGUGGGCCAAGCCCGAGCGUGGAUAAGUUUAGCUCUGGAGAAGAAGAUGCUGUCUCAACACCUUAAAGAGCUGCUCACGAACCAGGAGUUGCUCAGGCACUUGUACAAACCCCACGCCUUCCUGCUCUGCGAGGAAGAACGAGAGCAGUUCCUGUUCCAUCUUCUCUCCCUCAACACGGUGGACUACCUCUGCUUCACGCGGGCCUUCCACUCCAUCGAUAUUCCAUACCGGGUGGCGAUCAUCCCCAUGAAGAAGCUCAGCAUUGCCAUGGCGACCGUCAACCCCUGGGUGUGUGUGUCUGGAGAGAUGGGAGACUCAGGGGUCCGACAGAUCCCCAAGAACACGCAGGAUAUUUUCUUCCAGUGCAAGAACCUGGGACGGCUGAGCACUUUGCAGCUGGGACAGGAGAACUCGGGCCUGCUGGCCAAGUGUCUCAUCGACUGCGUGAUGGUCUACAACGAGAUCACGGGGCACACCUACAAGUUCCCGUGCGGUCGCUGGCUGGGCAAAGGCGUGGGCGACGGCAGCCUGGAGCGAGUCCUCAUCGGUCAGCUGGUGUCCCCGGGCGGAGACGAGGAUUCCGGAAGGUGGACGGGGACGCCGCCGCCGCCGCAGGAGCUGGCCUCGCCUUCCCAGGGCGUGCGUGCUGUGCUGGGAUCUCUUGGCAACCGAACCAGAGUUCUGUCUGUUGAAGUGCACGAGGACAUGAGGGAGGCGGCCAAUAAUCUGGUCAAGCACUUCCACAAACCUGAACAAGAGAGAGGAAACGUGACCGUCUUGUUAUGCGGCGAAGGAGGUCUGGUCGCCUCUUUGGAAAAGUUCCUCCUCCACGGCUUCAAGUCCAGUCGUCUUUUCCAGCGGAACGUCUUCGUCUGGGACUUCGUGGAGAAGGCAGUGGUUUCCCUGGAGACGGCGGAUCAAAAUGGCGACCUGCCGGGCUCCAUGCUGAGGAAGGAGCCGCCCUGCGACCUGCUCUGUCAUUACGUCAACUGCAUCAACGCCUCGCCGCGAAAUAUCGGGAAAGAGGGGAAGUUCCAGUUGCUGGUCUGCCUGGGAGUCAGGGACCGCCUCCUCUCCCAGUGGCUCCCCCUGCUGGCCGAGUGUCCCCUAACGGCGCGGACCUACGAAGACGGCGCUCUGAUGCGGGACCGCUCCGCCACGCACUCGCUCUCCCGCAUCCUGCACACGCUCAACGAGUUCACCGUCACGCUGGAAAGCUCUCUGGUCAAAGGUGUGGCGCUCUGACCCCGCCCCCACCGACGGGGACGUGGGUGGAACUCUGGCGUGCUGUAACAUAACGGUCCAAACCUUUUGCCUUGUUCCCUGAUGUAAAUGUCAUCACACUUGUGUUUUGCUCCAGGAAGUAGUCCUUUGUGUCAUUUCACUGUGGAAAAAAAAAACAACAACAAAACUCCCGGGACUGCGGUCACAUUGUUUGUUUUCCUCGCUUGUGUACGCUAAAACCAAUAGUGGGUGUGACGGCUUAGCAGCCUGGACGUUUACAUCUUUGGGACAUCAAUGCACUUUUAUUAUGUACAAACCCCAAAACCAGUGAAGUUGUCGCGUUGUGUAAAUGGUAAUGGCAUCGUCUUGCUGAAAUAAGCAGGGGCGUCCAUGUUAACCUUGCUUGGAUGACAACAUAUGUUGCUUCAAAAGCUGUAUGUACCUUUUCAGCAUUGGGCACUAAUACACCCCCAUACCAUCACACAUGCUGGCUUUUCCACUUUGCGCCCAGAACAAUCCGGAUGGUUCUUUCCCUCUUCGUUCCGGAGGACACGACGUCCACAGUUUCCAAAAACAAUUUGAAAUGUGGACUCUAGUCGGAACCGCAUGAUACUUUUCCACUUUGCAUCAGUCCAUCUUAGAUGAGCUCGGGCCCAGCGAAGCCGGCGGCGUUUUCGGGUGUUGUUGAUAAAUGGCUGUGGCUUUGCAUAGUAGAGUUUUAACUUGCGCUUGCAGAUGUAGCGACCGACUGUUGUUACUGACAGUGGUUUUCCGAAGUGUUCCUGAGCCCGUGUGGCGAUAUCCUUUACACACCGACGUCGCUUUUUGAUGCAGUACCCCCUGAGGCAUCCAUGGUUCGUAGUAUCAUCGCUUACGUGCGGUGAUUUCUCCAGAUUUUCUGAAACUUUUGACUAUAUUACGGAGCGUAGAUGGUGAAAUCCCUAAAUUCCUUGCAAUAGCUGGUUGAGAAAUGUUCUUCUUAAACAAUUUUCUCAGGUUUUGUUGACAUAACGGUCCAAACCUUUUGCCUUGUUCCCUGAUGUAAAUGUCAUCACACUUGUGUUUUUCUCCAGGAAGUAGUCCUUUGUGUCAUUUCACUGUGGGGAAAAAAAAACAACAACAAAACUCCCGGGACUGCGGUCACAUUGUUUGUUUUCCUCGCUUGUGUACGCUAAAACCAAUAGUGGGUGUGACGGCUUAGCAGCCUGGACGUUUACAUCUUUGGGACAUCAAUGCACUUGUAUUAUGUACAAACCCCAAAACCAGUGAAGUUGUCGCGUUGUGUAAAUGGUAAUGGCAUCGUCUUGCUGAAAUAAGCAGGGGCGUCCAUGCUAACAUUGCUUGGAUGGCAACAUAUGUUGGACUCUAGUCGGGACCGCAGAAUACUUUUCCGCUUUGCAUCAGUCCAUCUUAGAUGAGCUCGGGCCCAGCGAAGCCGGCGGCGUUUUCGGGUGUUGUUGAUAAAUGGCUUUGGCUUUGCAUAGUAGAGUUUUAACUUGCACUUGCAGAUGUAGCGACCGACUGUUGUUACUGACAGUGGUUUUCCGAAGUGUUCUUGAGCCCGUGUGGUGAUAUCCUUUACACACCGAUGUCGCUUUUUGAUGCAGUACCGCCUGAGGCAUCCAUGGUUCGUAGUAUCAUCGCUUACGUGCGGUGAUUUCUCCAGAUUUUCUGAAACUUUUGACUAUAUUACGGAGCGUAGAUGGUGAAAUCUCUAAAUUCCUUGCAAUAGCUGGUUGAGAAAUGUUCUUCUUAAACAAUUUUCUCAGGUUUUGUUGACAUAACGGUCCAAACCUUUUGCCUUGUUCCCUGAUGUAAAUGUCAUCACACUUGUGUUUUGCUCCAGGAAGUAGUCGUUUGUGUCAUUUCACUGUGGGAAAAAAAAAAAACAACAACAAAACUCCCGGGACUGCGGUCACAUUGUUUGUUUUCCUCGCUUGUGUACGCUAAAACCAAUAGGGGGUGUGACGGCUUAGCAGCCUGGACGUUUACAUCUUUGGGACGUCAAUGCACUUGUAUUAUGUGCAAACCCCAAAACCAGUGAAGUUGUCACGUUGUGUAAAUGGUAAUGGCAUCGUCUUGCUGAAAUAAGCAGGGGCGUCCAUGCUAAUAUUGCUUGGAUGGCAACAUAUAUUGCUUCAAAAGCUGUAUGUACCUUUUUCAGCAUUAAUGGUAAGUUACCCAUGCCUUGGGCACUGAUACACCCCCAUACCAUCACACAUGCAGGCUUUUCCACUUCGCGCCCAGAACAAUCCGGAUGGUUCUUUCCCUCUUCGUUCCGGAGGACACGACGUCCACAGUUUCCAAAAACAAUUUGAAAUGUGGACUCUAGUCGGGACCACAGAAUAUUUUUCCACUUUGCAUCAGUCCAUCUUAGAUGAGCUCGGGCCCAGAGAAGCCGGCGGCGUUUCCGGGUGUUGUUGAUAAAUGGCUUUGGCUUUGCAUAGUAGAGUUUUAACUUGCACUUGCAGAUGUAGCGACCGACUGUUGUUACUGACAGUGGUUUUCCGAAGUGUUCCUGAGCCCGUGUGGCGAUAUCCUUUACACACCGACGUCGCUUUUAGAUGCAUCCAUGGUUCGUAGUAUCAUCGCUUACGUGCAGUGAUUUCUCCAGAUUUUUUGAAACUUUUGACUAUAUUACGGAGCGUAGAUGGUGAAAUCCCUAAAUUCCUUGCAAUAGCUGGUUGAGAAAUGUUCUUCUUAAACAAUUUUCUCAGGUUUUGUUGACAAAGUGGUGACCCUCCGCCCCGUCCUUGUUUGUGAAUGACUGAGCAUUUCACGGAAGCUGCUUUUAUACCCGCCUGUUCCCAAUCAGCCCGUUCACCUGUGGGACGAUCCAAACAUAAGUGUUUGAUGAGCAUCCCUCAACUUUCUCCGUCUUUUUUGCCACCUGUGCCAGCUUUUUUGAAACAUGUUUCAGGCAUCAAAUUCCAAAUGAGCUAAUAUUUGCAAAAGACAACAAAGUUUACCAGUUGGAACGUUAAAUACCUUGUCUUUGCAGUCUAUUCAAUUGAAUAUAGGUUGAAAAAAAUUUGCAAAUCAUGGUAUUCUGUUUUUAUUUACCAUUUACACACCGUGACUACUUCACUGGUUUAGGGGUUUGUAGCACCGUGGAGUAGUACCGAAUGCUUCUCCUUACUCAAAGAUGAGAACCAAGUCUAGAAUGUCCCUAAGCUGUAACAAGUCAAGUUGUUGUCUACCUUUUUAACGUGAUGAACCGCUUCUUGCACGCUCUUGAACCCCCAGAGGAAACGCACGCAUGGCCAAAUCUCUCAGUUUAAUGUCUCCCCGGGCCGGACUCGCUCCACUGGAUGUCCACUCUGAUGGACAAAGACUUCACUGAUACCUGCCGUGCUUUGACGGCCUCGUGUAAAUAUCUCCGUGUCGUGGCACCUGGUUAGAAGGGCCCCUCGUUAGUUGUGGAUGUCGUCUCUUCAGAACCACUUAAAAGUAUUGGCUCCGUGUCGCGUUUCCACCACGAAGGAAACGCCGUCUUUCUCCUGCACUGUCCCGCCAGCACGAUGUGUAACACGGACGGACUAGAGAGAGCAAUAAUAAUAAUAAUGGUUAUUUAUUAUGACAAAUGUGCUGUCACAUAUUAAAGUUAAUAAUGAAAUAACAGGAAA